AUGGCCGAUCUGUUUUUGAGUAAGUUAUCAAAUUCAAAAUCUUAUAUUCCUUUUAGUGGGAGCCUAGGAUACGGUAAUUACCUAAUGUACGGUAGGGCUUGAGUACGUUCUGAUUUACAGUGCAGUAUAGCUAUGACAAACAUAGUUUUAAACCAUUUCUCUGCUUUUAGACAGAUUGCCAGCGAUUGAUUUGGUAUACAUUCGUGGAGAUCUAGGAAACAUUAACGUUCGAUUCAUCGGCUUCUACAGGAAGCUCCAUCCUAUCGUUGGUUGUUUAACCAUCAACAACCCGUCUAUUUUGAGGUUUCUCAUUGACUUGCAAAUCAAAUUGUUGAUACUGGAAUCGAUUUUGGAUUUUAGUAAGUGUUUAUAUCUUUGACUUAACCUCCUUACAAGUAAAGUACCCAACCUGCAACUCUCAGAAUUAGCCCAUAAUUUUUAUACGAAUUUUCUACCAGUAGCACAUAUAAAAAAUUCUAGCUUGCGGUUUUAAGCGUUAAAACAUAUAUAUUUAAAGUCUCCGUCAUUUUGGAAAAAUUGGCAUUGUGUUGCAAGCACAUUUUUGAUGUUCCAGAUAAGACAGGCUUACAAAUUUAAAAUUGCAGGUUUAUUUGGAGCUUUUCUAUCAUUAUAUCAAAGAAAAAUAGUUAAAAGUCAAAAAUGAGGAUGUUAAAACUUAAAACACUAGGCCAAUUUGGCGGAAAAUUCAAUAUGGAUUUUUUGAUUUCAAUUUUCUCAAGUCUUACCGCACACUGCAAAUUCGAAUUUUGCAUAAAAUGUUGCAUUUACAAGAUCUUUCAACAAAAAUGAACAAACUCUGAGCGUUGCCCCAAGCACCUUCCUUGUUAGGUCUACUCUAUUCUACCUUAUCUUGUUUUACCUUCUUUAUGUUGCUUUAUCUCACCUUUGCCUAUCCUACCAUACCCUAUUCUGCCAUAUAUUACUUUACCUUACUAAGAUUAAUAAAACGUUCUUUUCCAGAUUGGCUGCCAUUGAAUUACAUUGAAGUGAAUGAGAUUAAAUUCGUGAAUUUUCUAAUAUUGGAAGCUCUUUGUCAACAAGAGAUUGUAGUGCCAUCGGUUCGAAUCGUUACUUUUAUUAACUAUGAACCUGAACCUGCUAAUUUGAAGUUGAUUUUCGAGAACAUUUGCAGCCUGUUUCCUUUCAUAAAACAUCUUAAACUUGUAUAUAAGUUAUAUGUUCUGGAGAAGAAUGAACCCAGUAAGUUUGUGAUGAAGGUAAGGAAGGGCUGUAAGCAGGGCCGGCCGGUCUUUUGGUCUGGGGGCGAGAGUCGAAAAAUUUUUUUUUCAGUAAACCACAGAGGGAACCACGUUAAACUUUUUUAGAAAAUUUUUUUCUGGAGGGGGGGGGGAAGAGGAGUUUCAUUUUUUUUUCUCUGCCAGGCUUGCAACUACAGCCUUUUGCUUUCCAUAAUUUUUGCAUAAUAACGUUUCCGUCUAGUGUACCCUAAUUUGUCAAAACCUGUAUCAUGCUCUACCGUAACAUAAAAUUUUUUUUCAUCUAUGUUAGCUUCUGUUGAAUUCAAACUAAAUUUUAACCUUUUUUGUAAACGUCUGUUUCAGUUCUGAAUCACAAACUGUUCACCCAAACUUGCAGCGUCUUGCCCGGGCCGGUCCGGGGCGUUUUUCACAGGUUCGGUCCGGCGAUUUUCGGGUCCGGUCUGGUCCAAACUUCAAAUUUUUAGGUCCGGUCCGCAAAAAAAUUUUUUAAUUUUAUAAAAAAAGCCAGACGCGCUAAAACUGCUUUCUUUUUGCUUAAAAAAACCAAGUAAGUUUGUGAUGAAGUGAAGAGAGGGCUGUAAGCAGGGCCGGGCGAGGACUUUUGGUUUGGGAACGGGGGUCAAAAAAAUCAACACAGGAACUGUGCCGAUUUUCUGCAAAAAUUUUUUUCCAAAAAACCACGACCACGUUAAACUUUUUUAGAAUUUUUUUUUCUGGGGGGGGGGAGGAGUUUCCUUUUUUUCUCUGCCACGCUUGCAGCUACAGCCUUUUGCUUUCCAUAAUUUUUGCAUAACAACGUUUCCGUCUACUGUACCCUACUUUAUCAAAACCUGUAUUAUGCUCUACCGUAACAUAAAAAAUUUUUUAUCUAUGUUCCCUCCUGUUGACUUCAAACUAAAUUAGACUUUUUUGUAAACUUGCUUGUUUCAGUUAGAAAUCACGAACUGUUCACUCACACUCGCAGCUUGUUGGACAGCUUCGAGAGCAUAUUAGACUGGAACCAGGGAAAACUCAAUAUAACCAUCGACUUCCAAGUCUUUUACAACGGCCCGAUUAACAAGGAGUUGGCAAGAAAAAUGACAGAAUAUAUUGGGUAUAAAUGUGGCUACAACGGCGACGUCUACCUAAAUGUAUUAAUGUUUAAUGUAGAUUUGACGAUGUUUGUACAGCAAAAAUAG